CAUUGGCUUCCUUCUGCCUGAAGAUGUUCCACCAAGUUUGGGCAGCUCUGCUCUACCUCUAUGGCAUUCUCCUUAACUCCAUCUCUCAGUGCCCUGAGCACAGUCAACUGACAACCCUAGGAAAGGAUGGGAAAGAGUUUUCAGAGUCCCACCUGGGCCAGUGGUACUUCAUCGCAGGGGCAGCUCCCACCAAGGAAGAGUUGGCAACUUUUGACUUUGUGGACAACAUUGUCUUCAACAUGGCUGCUGGCUCUACCCCACUGCAGCUCCAGCUUCGUGCUACCAUUCGCACGAAAAAUGGGAUGUGUGUGCCCCGGAAAUGGACCUACCACCUAACCAAGGAGGGCACCGAUCUCAGAACUGAAGGCCGCCCUGACAUGAAGACUGAGCUCUUCUCUAGUUCAUGUCCAGGUGGAAUCAUGCUGAAAGAGAUGGGCCACGGUUAUCAGCGUUUUCUCCUUUAUAAUAGAUCACCACACCCUCCUGAAAAAUGUGUAGAAGAAUUCCAGCUCCUGACCUCCUGUCUGAAUUCCAAGGCUUUCUUACGGACUCCCAGGAACCAAGAUGCUUGCGAAGUGUCCAGUAACUGA